GUGUCGCCGUGUGUACCUGUCCGUACCACCGUGUCACGAGCUAGCCAGUCGAGGGAGAAAAAAAAAGGGGGCGGAUCCCGAGACAGGUCGUUGUGUGGUUAUCAAUUGUAGUACGUACAUAUUAAGUGAAGUCUAGGGCGGUCGUGAACCUAGGGAGAUGGGGAUGGGACGGCGGAGAUGAAAUUAUGAAAACAACGAAACGGAUAGUUAGUCAAAGCCUCUGGACAAGGGAUAAUUAAAAACUGUUUCGAAUGUUGAUGCGUGUGGUUAUGAAACAAUUAUCUUGUGGAUUGUUGGAGUCGGACGGUCCAGGAAUAUAAGCCUCGUGUGUUGUGGAUUUUAAGAUAUCAGUUCCGAUUCUAUUAGUCAGGAUUUAAAGUCUUUAACUCGUUCGUUAAACCCAACCAAGUUUUAAUAUAUGAUGGACGGACCGGUCACUUGCAUGGACAUCCGCCGCGGUUUCCAACAUUUAUGUGUCCGCCUCUGUGAUUGGCUCUAGCGGCCCGUGUUUUGAUUCUGUCGACCAAUCAGCGAGGAGGUUAGUUGUACGAUGGCUAGUAUCGUGGAUCAGGAGUACUUGCAGGUUCUGCCCAACUUGAAAAACAAGUUUAAAAAAUUCGCGCGCCUGGAUGAUUCUGAGUUCGAUGACGUCAUCACGGCCAACGGAAAUGAAACUACCAAAACGGCGAAAACGGAGGAUGUUGAGUCCUCGAUUGUUGUUUCAGGGUCCAGUAACAUCAUGGAAACGCUGGAUGACCUCCCGCCCGGCAUCGGUCAGUAUGAUGACUUUCACACCAUCGACUGGCUCCGAGACGUUGCCAGGGACCGGAUGCGGCACCGGCACAUUGUCAAGAAACGCCAAGAGGGAUGCUGGGAGCAGGUCAAGGGCGCCCAUGACGCCUGGUCGGGCUGGGUCUGUGUCCUACUGGUGGGGGUGGCGGCAGGAACCUGUGCCGGCCUGAUUGAUAUUGGCACCUCCUGGAUGUCCGACCUGAAGGAAGGCGUGUGUCUGGAGGCCUUCUGGUUCAACAGGGAGCAGUGCUGCUGGAGUGGACCCAGCCUCAACUCGACCUCCUUUAACGAUUAUGACGGUUGUGAUCAGUGGUACUCGUGGGGACGCAUGAUGGGUGGGGGACCAGGUGGAGCUGGCUCCUACAUCAUUGGCUACAUCUUUUAUAUACUGUGGGCGCUGUUGUUUGGGGUGCUGGCGGCCCUGAUGGUGCGGAUGUUUGCACCGUACGCAUGUGGCUCUGGUAUUCCUGAGAUAAAAACAAUACUCAGUGGCUUCAUCAUCCGAGGCUACCUGGGCAAGUGGACAUUGUUGAUCAAGUCCCUAGGUAUGAUGCUGUCUGUGGCAGCAGGUCUCAGCCUGGGUAAAGAAGGUCCAUUUGUCCACGUGGCAUGUUGCUGUGGUAACAUUUUCUCCUACUUGUUCCCAAAGUAUGGUCGAAAUGAAGCCAAGAAAAGGGAGAUUCUGUCAGCAGCCGCUGCUGCAGGUGUGAGUGUGGCUUUUGGUGCUCCAAUAGGUGGGGUUCUCUUCAGCUUAGAGGAGGUGAGCUACUACUUCCCAUUGAAGACACUCUGGAGGUCUUUCUUCUGUGCCCUCAUUGCGGCCUUUGUUCUCAGAUCCAUCAACCCAUUUGGUAACGACCACCUGGUGAUGUUUUCUAUAGAUUAUAAUGAGCCGUGGUCCCUGCAAGAGCUGAUCCCAUUCAUACUCAUAGGCGCUUUAGGGGGUUGUUUUGGUAAAUUUUUCAUAAAAUUCAACAUAAUGUGGUGCAGAUAUAGGAAAAAUUCCAGACUUGGAAACUAUCCCAUUUUUGAGGUAGUUGGUAUUGUGUUCAUCACUGCCCUGCUCAGCUACCCAAACCCUUACACUCGGAUGAAUUCAAGUGAGCUCAUCCGGCUCCUAGUGAGCCGCUGUGGCCCAGAAGAUGAUGUAGAGUUAUGUGACUAUGCUCGUAAGGCCAACAUGACUGACCCAUACAAGUGGUCAGCCUUAUCUUCUAGUGGUGUAGGCAGUGCCGUGUGGAAACUGACUCUGGCACUUAUUUUUAAAAUGAUUAUCACCAUUUUCACUUUUGGCAUCAAGAUUCCAUCAGGUCUGUUCAUCCCCAGUAUGGCAGUAGGUGCCAUCAUCGGCAGAAUCAUUGGAAUAGGUGUGGAACAGCUGGUUGUGACCAACUCAGGGAGCGUCUUCUUCUCCAACAUCUGUGAGUCACCUGACAAGUGCAUCAUCACACCUGGACUGUACGCCAUGGUAGGGGCUGCUGCUGCAUUGGGUGGUGUCACACGUAUGACAGUCUCUCUAGUGGUCAUCAUGUUUGAGCUGACCGGUGGUCUGGAGUACAUUGUCCCUAUGAUGGCUGCAGCUAUGACCAGCAAGUGGGUUGGUGAUGCCCUGGGGAGGGAGAGUAUCUAUGACGCACACAUAUCGCUAAAUGGCUACCCAUAUCUUGAUCACAAGGAGGAGUUCACCCAUACAACAAUAGCAGCAGACGUCAUGAGACCACGCUACUGGCGUUAUGGAACUGGAGUACGUAAUGAUCCCCCUCUAGCUGUUAUUACACAAGAUUCAAUGACAGUAGAUGAGACAGAAAGUUUGUUGAGAAACACAGAGCACAAUGGCUUCCCUGUGGUUGUGUCCAAGGAAUCCCAGUAUCUUGUGGGCUUUGUCUUGAGGAGAGAUCUAAACUUAGCCAUUGCCAAUGCCAGAAAAACAUCUGAAGGAAUAGUCAGCAACUCGGUCAUCUACUUCACUGGGCAUGUCCCUGUGAACCCUAAUGGUCCUGCCCCUCUGAAGCUUAGGAAGAUUUUAGACAUGGCCCCAGUGACCAUCACAGAUCAGACUCCCAUGGAGACUGUGGUAGAGAUGUUCAGAAAACUUGGCCUCAGACAAACUCUGGUCACACACAACGGUCGUCUACUGGGUAUCAUCACCAAGAAAGAUGUCCUGAGACAUAUAGCCCAGCUGAGGAACCAGGACCCAGAGUCUAUACUUUUCAACUAAAUUCUGCAAGACCCAGUCUAUACUUUUCAACUAAAUCCUUCAAGACCCAGUCUAUACUUUUCAACUAAAUGCUGCAGGACCCAGUCUAUACUUUUCAACUAAAUCCUGCAAGACCCAGUCUAUACUUUUCAACUAAAUGCUGCAAGACCCAGUCUAUACUUUUCAACUAAAUUCUGCAAGACCCAGUCUAUACUUUAUUAAACAAAGUAAACUGAAGUCACUACAAGAACUUGAACUAGACGUUGCAUAAUUUAAGCUGUGUUAUGCUGAAGAUGUGCAUGUAUGUGAUCACGUACCAUCCCCUGUAGUUUAGUUAUAAUGGGUUAACAUACGACUACAAAUUGUGAGUUGUGUUAAAAUAUUUAAGGAAGUCAGUAUUAGUAUUUCUUAUAGUGAUUCAUGUGCUAAAUUAAGGGUUGUAGUUUUAUUUUUUUAAAUGGAUUAUCUAAAUGCUUAAAGUAACUGUUAUCAAACUUAAUGUGAUUGGAGUGGUUCGAUAAGAGGAAUAUUUGUAUACAAAUUGUAAUUUAUUUAUUUUGUUGUACAUAUAUUAGCUGUGUAGCUAAAUGAGUUGUUUUUUUCAUGUUGAUUUUAGCCAAUCUGAGACAUCAAUACUACAAAUAUGUAAUUCGGUGUUUAAAAUUAUGUGCACAUUUUAUUUACACAAUUUUUGUUUUCCACAAAUAUUUUUUGUUGUUAAUUCAGUAUUGAUGACAUUUUUGCACAUAAGAUGAAGGGUGAAAAUGUUAAUAUUUUUAUAAUUUGCAACCAAAAAGAAUAUACCCAUAGUGCUGAUAUUUUUUUUAUAAACGGUCAUUAAACUUUGAUAUUUAAAUACUAAAAACUGAAAAAUG